AUGGCGUCUCAACAGCAGUUGAAGAAGCAGCAAGAGCUCCAAACUACAUAUCAAAACUACAAGAACACGCUUCAAACAAUUGCCUCAAAGAUUGGCGAUAUCGAGCAGGAGACCGAAGAGCACAAACUUGUAUUGGAGACGCUACAACCUCUGCCGGGAGACCGUAAAUGCUUCCGCAUGAUCAACGGUGUCUUGACUGAGAGAACGGUCAAGGACGUCGUCCCGAUCUUGCAGACCAACUCCGAUGGCCUGAAGCAAGCCUUGGAAGAGCUAGUCAAGCAGUACAAGUUGAAGCAAGAUGAGAUGGAGAAGUGGAAGGCGUCACCUCUAGUAGUAGUUCACUCGACGCUCUCUUGCGCCGUGCUCUCCGUUGUCGCCGCUCCCCACGCAUCUCGUUACACCACUGACCGCAGGUUGCAUACUCGGCCGCCAAGCUGUUCCGUCGUCUCUCCCAGUGACGUGGUCGCCAACGGAAUAGUCGCCAGCGCAUACGCUUCCGAGCAGGCAACCGAUAAUAUGUCGGCAUCUCCCCCAAAGCAGGAGGGUGUGGAACCAGUCCAGUCUCCUGACGAAGAACAGCCCAUGGACAGGAACACAGAGGAGAACACAGCUCAGAUAGGUUACGAAUUCGAGGUCAAGGAGCAAGACCGAUGGCUUCCAAUCGCCAAUGUCGCGCGAAUCAUGAAGAUGGCGCUCCCCGACAACGCCAAAAUCGCCAAAGAGGCCAAAGAAUGCAUGCAGGAGUGUGUGAGCGAGUUCAUCUCGUUCAUCACCAGCGAGGCCUCCGAAAAGUGCCAACAGGAAAAGCGCAAAACUGUCAACGGCGAGGACAUCCUCUUUGCCAUGACUUCGCUCGGUUUCGAGAAUUACUCGGAAGCCCUCAAGAUCUACCUAUCCAGGUAUCGCGAAAACAAGCCACCCACUGGGCAGUUCGGUUCAUCCGGGUCCGGCGGGCCCGCAGGCCCAGAGAGUCAACAGCAUGUACUGAGCGGCGACUCCGAGAUGGCCGAAGACGGCACCGCCUUUGGAUACACGGUCCACAACGGGAACGGGAACGAGUACUAG